GGAGAGAGUUUUUAUUUUCUAUAAACACGUUUCUCCUAACGAAAUUAAUCCCCUCCCUUAUUUCACAUCUUAAAACUUUUAUUUUCCUUUGAUUUUGUUUCUCUCUCUAGAAAAAAACUCACGCUCUCCAUAUGUUUCUUUUCUGACGAUUAAUCCAAAAAAACGCAUCGUCUUCCUCCUUUCGAAUCGGACCUUUCACCUUCCACUCUGCGCAUCUUAGCCACCGGCGCCGAUUAAAAAGAACCGAACCACCCUGAAUCCGUAAACCCGGGAGAGACCCGAGUGAAAACGGUCUCUUUGUUUUCAAAAAAAUUUGGCUCCGGUUGUGUUUCAAUUUCCGGGCUACUUAAAAGGUUCUCAGCAAAGAUUGUGAAGCUUCUUUGUAUUUCCUCAAUCUUUUUGCAUAGACAUAGUUGUUGAAGACGGGAGUUAUUUGCAUAGGAUUUCCAUGUGAGAAGAUGGCGUUUUUUAGGAACUAUUCAAAUGACAUGGUCUCGCACGGUGUCUUGGAAGAGAAAAGCCAGGGACAAAGCAUUGGUAGGAUUCACAGUUCAGUACGGAAUGAGGACAUAGAUGGGACUUAUAGUGAAAGAGAAUUUGAUAUUAACAUGGAUACACAGUGUCAAAGUGAUGGGGAGGCAGAUGAUGCUCUUAGGCUGAAUCAUGAGGUGCCUACUGAUAAUGGGGCUGGUGUUUCGAAUUCCAUUUUUCAGCCAGCAGGAAGAAGAACAGCUCCUGGGAAAUGGGGUUCAACUUUUUGGAAGGACUGCCAGCCUACGGACUGCAGGGUUGGAUCUGAUUCUGGGCAGGAGUCAAAAUCUGACCACAAGAAUUUGGAAGGUUCGGUAUAUAAUUCAUCAGAUGACAGGGAUGAUAGGUUAGAAUCGGAAGAUGAUGAGGCAGAGAAAGAAUUGGGCAAGGCUCAAAGGGGUCAUUCUGAUGUACCUGCAGAUGAGAUGUUAUCUGAUGAAUACUAUGAACAGGAUGGGGAAGAGCAAAGUGAUAUGAUGCAUUACAGAGGCUUUAGCAAUUCUGUUGGGUUAAAUACUAGGCCACAACCAAAGCCUGUUUCUGUCAGUACCACUAUGUCCAGGAGCUCAAGAACUUUAAAUAACCGUAACUAUGAUGAUGAGGAUGAUGACGACAACAACGAUGAUGUUGAUGCAGAUUAUGAAGAGGAGGAAGAAGAAGAUGAGGAUGACCCUGAUGAUGCUGAUUUUGAGCCUGACUAUGGUGUUGCAAGUGCUCAUACAGGGAAUAAGGAUAAAGACUGGGAUGGUGAAGAUUCUGAGGAAGAAGACAAUAGUGAUGGUGAUGUAGACAUCUCAGAUGAAGAUGAUUCUUAUUAUAGAAAGAAACCUAAGGGUACGCAACAGGUUAAAGUUGGUCGUAAUGUAAAACUCACUAGAGAACGUAAAUCCUCCAAUCGACAAAGAAGAGGGAGAUCAUCUUUUGAGGAGGAUGAAUACUCAGCUGAGGAUUCUGACAGUGAAAGUAAUGGGGAUUUCAAGAGCAAUGCAAGGAGAGGUGGAAAUCACCGUAAAAAUAAUGCUCGUUCUAAUAUGUCGACGAGCAUGGGAAGAAACAGUGAGGUUCGUACUUCUAGUAGGUCUGUUCGGAAAGUAUCAUAUGUUGAGAGUGAAGAAAGUGAAGAAAUUGAUGAAGGCAAGAAGAAAAAGUCACUAAAGGAUGAAGCUGAAGAGCAAGAUGGUGACUCAAUUGAAAAGGUGUUAUGGCAUCAACCGAAGGGCAUGGCUGAAGAUGCAAUUAGAAACAAUAGAUCGGCAGAACCUGUUUUGUUAAGCCACUUGUUUGAUUCUGAACCAGAUUGGAAUGAAAUGGAAUUCCUGAUAAAAUGGAAGGGCCAGUCGCAUCUUCAUUGUCAGUGGAAAUCAUUUUUUGAGCUACAGAAUCUUAGUGGUUUUAAGAAGGUUCUAAAUUACACAAAAAAGGUAAUGGAGGAUGUGAGAUACAGGAAGGCACUCUCACGUGAGGAGAUUGAGGUCAACGAUGUAAGUAAGGAAAUGGACUUGGAUCUAAUCAAGCAAAAUAAUCAGGUGGAGAGAGUAAUUGUUGAUCGUAUAAGUAAAGAUGACUUUGGGAAUGUAAUGUCAGAGUAUUUAGUCAAGUGGCAGGGGUUGUCUUAUGCGGAAGCAACCUGGGAAAAGGAUAUAGAUAUUACAUUUGCUCAAGAUGCUAUUGAUGAAUAUAAGGCUCGUGAAGCUGCAAUGGCUGAGCAGGGGAAAAUGGUAGAUCACCAGCGUAAGAAGGGCAGAGCAAUUUUGCGGAAACUCGAAGAACAGCCAGAGUGGUAGGGAGGAAAGCUUCGUGAUUAUCAGCUGGAGGGUUUGAAUUUUCUUGUUAACAGUUGGAGAAAUGAUACUAAUGUCAUCUUAGCUGAUGAAAUGGGUCUUGGUAAAACUGUUCAGUCAGUAUCUAUGCUUGGUUUCUUACAGAAUGCUCAACAAAUACCUGGCCCAUUUCUUGUGGUUGUACCAUUAUCCACCUUAUCAAACUGGGCUAAAGAAUUUAGGAAGUGGCUUCCAGAUAUGAAUGUUAUUGUUUAUGUAGGUACUCGUGCAAGCCGAGAGGUUUGUCAGCAAUAUGAAUUUUACAAUGACAAGAAAAUUGGCAGACCUAUAAAAUUUAACACCCUUCUAACUACUUAUGAAGUAGUUCUGAAGGAUAAGGCAGUACUGUCUAAGAUAAGGUGGAACUAUUUGAUGGUUGAUGAAGCUCAUAGGUUGAAGAAUAGCGAGGCACAGUUGUACACAACGCUUUCAGAAUUCAGCACUAAGAACAAGUUGCUAAUUACGGGAACUCCGUUACAAAACAGUGUUGAGGAGCUAUGGGCUCUGCUUCAUUUCCUUGAUCCUGACAAGUUCAAAAGUAAGGAUGAGUUUGUUCAAAAUUACAAGAACCUUAGCUUGUUUAAUGAAAUUGAGCUUGCUAAUCUUCACAUGGAAUUGAGGCCUCACAUUCUUAGAAGAGUUAUAAAGGAUGUAGAGAAGUCUUUGCCUCCGAAAAUUGAGCGUAUCCUUAGGGUUGAGAUGUCCCCACUUCAGAGACAGUACUAUAAGUGGAUUUUGGAACGCAACUUCCAUGACCUAAAUAAAGGUGUUCGUGGCAAUCAGGUCUCACUUUUAAAUAUAGUAGUAGAGUUGAAGAAAUGCUGCAAUCAUCCUUUUCUGUUUGAAAGCGCUGAUCAUGGUUAUGGUGGGGACACUAGCAUGAAUGAUAUUAGUAAACUGGAGAGAAUUAUAUUAAGCAGUGGGAAGCUAGUUAUACUUGACAAGUUGCUUAUGAGGUUGCAUGAAACAAAGCAUCGUGUUCUAAUCUUCUCCCAGAUGGUUAGAAUGCUGGAUAUACUAGCCGAGUACAUGUCGCUCAGAGGAUUCCAAUUCCAGAGGCUUGAUGGUAGUACAAAGGCAGAGUUGCGACAGCAGGCUAUGGAUCAUUUCAAUGCACCUGGAAGUGAUGAUUUCUGCUUCCUUCUUUCUACUCGGGCUGGUGGCCUUGGUAUCAACCUUGCAACUGCAGACACUGUUAUAAUAUUUGAUUCUGACUGGAAUCCCCAGAAUGACUUACAGGCAAUGAGUAGAGCUCAUAGAAUUGGGCAACAAGAAGUUGUCAACAUUUACAGAUUUGUGACAAGCAAAAGUGUUGAGGAAGACAUCCUGGAGCGAGCUAAGAAGAAGAUGGUGCUUGACCAUUUGGUGAUCCAAAAAUUAAAUGCAGAGGGUAGACUGGAGAGAAAAGAAACAAAGAAAGGGAGUUACUUUGAUAAGAAUGAGUUAUCAGCAAUUUUGAGAUUUGGGGCUGAGGAAUUGUUCAAGGAGGACAAAAAUGAUGAAGAAAGCAAAAAAAGGUUGUUAAGUAUGGAUAUCGAUGAAAUUCUUGAAAGGGCAGAGAAGGUUGAGGAGAAAGAGGGUGAAGAAGAAGGGAAUGAAUUAUUGAGUGCUUUUAAGGUUGCAAAUUUCUGUAGUGCUGAAGAUGAUGGGACUUUCUGGAGUCGUUGGAUAAAACCAGAUGCCAUUGCGCAAGCCGAAGAUGCUCUAGCUCCUCGUGCUGCAAGAAAUACCAAGAGUUAUGCUGAGACAAGUCAACCUGAGAGAAGUAACAAAAGAAAGAAGAAAGGCUCUGAUCCUCAGGAGCUUCAGGAGAGAGUACAAAAGCGCCGUAAAGCAGAAUACUCUGCCCCAUUGACACCAAUGAUUGAGGGAGCAACUGCUCAAGUGAGAGGAUGGUCUUAUGGGAAUCUUUCUAAAAGAGAUGCAUUGCGUUUUUCUCGAGCGGUUAUGAAAUUUGGGAAUGAAAGCCAAACCCCUUUGAUAGCAGAGGAAGUUGGUGGUGCUAUUGCAGCAGCUCCACUUGACGCACAGAUUGAGCUUUUCAAAGCUUUGGUUGAAGGAUGCAGAGAAGCAGUUGAAGUAGGAAAUGCAGAACCUAAGGGACCGCUAUUGGACUUCUUUGGCGUCCCUGUUAAGGCAAAUGAUCUGUUCAAUCGUGUCCAAGAACUUCAGCUCUUAGCAAAGCGAAUAAGUCGAUAUGAGGAUCCCAUAAAACAGUUCCGUGUAUUGAUGUACCUUAAACCCUCUAAUUGGUCUAAAGGAUGUGGGUGGAAUCAGAUUGAUGAUGCAAGAUUGCUUCUGGGAAUACACUACCAUGGAUUUGGGAAUUGGGAAAAGAUAAGGUUAGAUGAACAGCUUGGCCUUACAAAGAAGAUUGCUCCUGUGGAACUUCAGCACCAUGAAACCUUUCUGCCACGUGCCCCAAAUUUGAAGGAACGUGCUAAUGCACUCUUGGAAAUGGAAGUUGCAGCUGUUGGUGGUAAGAAUACUGGUAUCAAAGUUGGUCGUAAGUCUUCAAAGAUGGAAAAGCAGAAUCCUUUAAACAUAUCAAUGUCUCGUGGCAGAGACAAGAAAGGAAAACCAGGUUCUCCUAAGGUCAGUUUUAAAAUGAGUAGGGACAGACCUGAGAGGCCUCAGAAAGUUGAACCUUUAGUUAAAGAGGAAGGUGAAAUGUCAGACAAUGAGGAAGUAUAUGAGCAGUUUAAGGAAGUGAAGUGGAUGGAGUGGUGUGAAGAUGUUAUGAUUGAUGAAAUAAAAACCCUUCAUCGUCUCCAAAGAUUGCAGACUACCAGUGCUGAUCUUCCCAAGGAGAAGGUGCUUUCAAAAAUUCGGAAUUAUUUGCAGCUUCUUGGAAGGAGGAUAGAUCAAAUUGUCUUGGAACAUGAAGAUGAGCUCUAUAGACAAGAUAGGAUGACUAUGCGUUUAUGGAACUAUGUUUCUACAUUUUCAAAUCUUUCUGGUGAGAGGCUUCAUCAGAUUUAUUCUAAGCUUAAGCAGGAGCGGCAGGAGGAUGGAGGGGUAGGACCCUCCUAUAUCAACGGUUCUGUGCCCGGCCAUGUUGAUAGAGAUGGUGAUCCUAAUUACUUCCCUCCUUUCUCACGUUCCAUUGAGAAGAAGAGAGGGUACAAGAAUGUGAUGGCAUAUCAAACAUCACAACCAUUUCACAAAGGCAUUGAUGCCGCAAAGUUUGAAGCUUGGAAACGACGGCGGAGAGCUGAAGCAGAUAUUCAUCCCCAACUUCAGCCACCAACUCAAACUAUGAACAAUGGUACCCGUGUAAUAGAUCCAAACUCCUUGGGGAUUCUUGGGGCAGGACCAUCUGAUAAACGGCUUGUUAGUAAUGAGCGACCAUAUCGAAUGCGUCAAACUGGAUUCCCACAAAGGCAAGGUUUUCCCUCCGGCAUCAAAUAAGCUUUUAAUGCUGUGCUGGAUGAUAGUUGAUAGAUGAGUUAUGCUGAUUGGCUUUGGCCAUGUGGCAUUGACUGCUUCUGCCAUGAAUAUUCUCUGGGAUUCCAUUUUCACCAUGGGAAUAAAAAAUUGCUAUUUGAUUCUGACUGCUAAUGGCUGGAUCAAUGAAGUUAUGCACCAGAUGGGAGUUGCAUCCAUGUAAAGGGACGGCUGAGUAGGAAAUCCAAAGAUCGACUAACAUGGGCAGGGCAUGAAGGGACCUCUGCGACAAUUUUUUGUUUUUCUUUUUGCUUUUGGAAGCGAGUCCAGUAAUUUGUUUACGUAUAUAGAACAAGAAUAGCAGGAAAAAAAAAAUCUCAAUUCAAUUUCAAACAUACAUGCACGAGAUGUGUACCAUGCCCAGCAAGAAGUGUACAUUAUCAGUUUCGAAUUUUUGCAUUAACAAGGUGCAAAUUUUGUUAGCAAUAAUAUUGGUAUAAAUUUUCUUCUGAUAGA